AUGUACAACGCUAGGCCUAUAAGAAGAUGGGUGAAAAAGAAUGUGAUCACUAAGCUCUCGGAGCUCCUAGUCCAUGAAGAAGCUGGUGAAGGCUCAGCGAUCCACAUUGAUGCUAUGGGUGACAAGGAUCUGAAGUAUGAAGUGGUGAAGAAGACGACGGUGAACCCGCAAGAAGAUAAAGAUGUAAACCAUAGGCGGCGGCUAAAGAGACAAAGUGGUCAUCAAUUUCCUGAUAAGGCAAUAGAUUUGAUUGACGAGGUCGUGAGCAGAUGGACAGGAAUUCCUGUGACUUCACUUGAUCAAGAGGAAAAUAAUAAGUUAAUACACUUAGUUGAUAGACUGCCUGAGCGAGUUAUUGGCCAAGAUGAAGCCAUCAACUCAGUUGCGCAAGCCUUGUUACGUUCCAGAGUCGGUCUUGAUCAAUCUGGCCAACCCAUAGGUUCUUUCCUAUUUUUGGGUUCCACUGGUGUUGGAAAGACAGAGCUUGCAAAAGCCCCUGCCGAGCAACUAUUUGACAGUGAAAAGAUGUUGGUCCGCUUUGAUAUGUCUGAGUAUGUUGAGGCCCAUUCUGUGUCGCGUCUCAUUGGAGCACCCCCUAGUUAUGUCGGGCACGAAAAUGGUGGGCAACUGACUGAGAAAGUGAGGAAACAUCCAUAUAGUGUCAUCCUUUUGGAUGAGGUGGAGAAGGCACAUCCUUCGGUGUUUAAUGUUUUCCUCCAGGUCCUUGAUGAUGGCAUGUUGACCGAUGGCUUAGGCCAGAUAGUAGAUUUCAAGAACACCAUCAUUAUCAUGACCUCAAAUCUGGGAGCCGAGCACCUAUCAACAGGAAUGGCAAACAAAAAGGAAACGAAAGGCCUUCUCAUGAAACAGGUUGAGAAAUAUUUCAAGCCCGAAUUCGUCAACAAAUUAAGUGAGAUUGUGAUAUUCGAGCCCCUUAUGCAAGAGAAGUUGAAGUUGAAGGAGAUUGUGAAAAUUCAGAUAAAAAAAGUCGUUGCUAGUGUCGCUUGCAAGGGUAUCUCUUUAUCCACAAGUGACGUCCCACUAGAUGUCAUUCUAUCGGAAUCAUACAAUCCAAUGUACGGCGCUAGGCCUAUAAGAAGAUGGGUGCAAAAGAAUGUGAUCACCAAGCUCUCGGAGCUCCUAGUCCAUGAAGAAACUGGUGAAGGCUCAGCGAUCCACAUUGAUGCUAUGGGUGACAAGGAUCUGACCUAUGAAGUGGUGAAGAAGACGACGGUGAACCCGCAAGAAGAUAAAGAUAGACCUGGUGCCGGUACAAUGUCGCUGCCGGCCAUCUCACGAUCGACAAUUCGACAUGCAUGGCUGCGCAAGGCAUUAGUCCGCGGCGCGUGCGUGUAA